GCGCGCACAGCGACGUCACGCUCCUCAGCUUCUCAUUCAUCCUCCUCGGUGAAACGUCACGUAGCUAGCGGUAACGCGCACUUGUCAGGAGGAGGAGGCGGAGGAGGAAAAAUGGCGACCUCAAACAAUCCGCGGAAAUUCAGUGAGAAAAUCGCUUUGCACAAUCAGAAGCAAGCGGAGGAAACGGCCGCUUUCGAGGAGGUCAUGAAGGACCUAAGCAUCACAAGGGCGGCACGGUUACAGCUACAGAAGACCCAAUAUUUGCAGUUGGGACAGAACCGUGGGCAAUACUAUGGAGGCUCCCUGCCAAACGUGAAUCAGAUUGGAAAUAGUGCCAUUGACCUACUGUUUCAGACUCCCUUUCAGUCUUCUGAACUAGAUACAAGCAGGACAACACGGCAUCAUGGACUGGUUGACAGAGUCUAUCGAGAGCGAAACCACCUUGGAUCCCCCCACAGACGACCCUUAUCAGUAGACAAACAUGGGCGACAGGUAGAUAGUUGUCCCUAUGGAACUGUAUAUCUCUCACCCCCGCCUGAUACAAGCUGGAGACGGACUAAUUCAGAUUCAGCUUUGCACCAAAGUACACUGAAUCCCAGCCAGCAAGAAGCUUUCACAGGAAGCGCUCAUGAUGUUCAGCAAAAACGAGUGUUGUUAUUGACUGUACCAGGAAUGGAAGAUAGUUCGGACGGAGAUAAAACGCUAAACAACCAAGGAUGGGACACGAAAAAGACAGGAUCUUCAAGGCCGAAGUCAUGUGAAGUUCCUGGAAUCAACAUAUAUCCGUCAAGUGACCAGGAGAAUACGACGGGCUUGAUCCCUGCUGCACAUAACACAGGUGGAUCACUGCCUGAUUUGUCAAAUAUCCACUUCCCUUCUCCAUUACCAAUUCCUUUAGACCCUGAGGAAUCAACUUUCCCAACUCUGAGUAACGCUAACAGCACCGGCAACCUAGCAAGCAAUUUAACUCACCUGGGUAUCGGUACUUCCAGUCCGGGAAUGACAACAACGCAAGGGACCAUUACAGGAUCAUCACAGCACUGUCAGCCACCUGUAAGUCCACUUACAUUGAACUCUGAGUCCAGAAGGCAGCAGUCACAGCAGAUGUCUCCAACUAUGUCCCCUCUUUCACCCAUUACUCAGGCAGUGGCAAUGGAUGCUUUGUCUUUGGACCAGCAGCUUCCCCCUUAUACAUUUUUUACACAAUCAAGUUCACAGCAACAGACACAAGUGCCAAGUGGAUUGUCUCAGAAUUCCACAUUAAUGCAGGGCUCUGGUUUACAAAGGGGAUCACAGCUCCCUCCCCUUACAGUAACUAUAUCAACCACAGUCCCACAGUCACCUCCAGGAAAUCAGGCACCAUCAUCUCUGGCUAUAGAUAUUAAUUCAGCUUCUCUCCAGCAGUACCGCAGUAAUGCUGGAUCCCCAACCAUCCAGUCUCCCACUUCUCCUGUCUCCAAUCAAGGCUUCUCUCCAGGCAACUCCCCUCAACAUUCAAUCUUAGGGAGUGUAUUUGGAGAUUCCUAUUAUGACCAGCAGAUGUCUGCACGGCAAACAAACGCCCUAUCUCACCAGCUUGAGCAGUUUAACAUGAUCGAAAAUGCAAUUAGCUCAAACAGCCUAUACAGCCCCUGCUCAACGCUUAACUACUCUCAGGCAGCCAUGAUGGGGUUUACAAGUAGUCACCGCAGUUUGCAAGAUUCUCAGCAGCUCAACUAUUCUAGUCAUAGUAACAUACCUAACAUCAUUUUCACAGUUACUGGAGAAUCCCCCCCAAGCUUAUCAAAAGAACUUACCAGUACAUUGGCAGGUGUUGGAGAUGUGAGUUUUGAUUCUGAUUCACAGUUUCCUCUGGAUGAACUUAAAAUUGACCCCUUGACAUUGGAUGGACUUCAUAUGCUUAAUGAUCCAGACAUGGUUCUGACAGAUCCAGCAACAGAAGAUACUUUCAGGAUGGACCGAUUGUAAAUUGAAUAUUCAAUGCAGGAAAUAUAAUGCUGCCCUAACCCCCGCUGAGCAGAAACAUUCAACCGUGCAAGGCAACCACUGAGAGGUGUCGCUCUUUAUUGUACAAUGAGUAAAAUCUUGUUGUCCAAAGCUUGCAAUGCUACGAAUCACGCAUUGUGUGCCAUGUUUAGCUCUCGUAAUCCAUUCAUUGCAGCCUAAUGAAGGAUUUUAUCUUCUUUUUUCCUUAUUAACCACCAAAGUUCUGACAUUGAGUUAACUUUUUUUUAGUGCUUACACUCAAAGUGUUUCAAUCUGGUGCAGGAAAACAGCUUGGAUCCUCUGAUUACUAGUUGUUGGCCUUACUAAUGCCUGUAUCAACAUAUGCUGCGUUUAGCAUUUCACCUCUCGAGAAGGACAGUAGGCCAAAACCUAAAGACAAAUUCCUAUAUCCUUUGAAUAUCAAAAUUGGGGUUUUGCAGAUGGCUUUGUUUCUGACUGUAGCUGACAUAGGGAAUUUGCCUGCCAUGGGAAUGCUUGACAAAUAUUGUCAAUUAUUUAGACUAAAAGCAUCCAUCCUUCUCAAGAGAAGACACUUUACACAUUGUCUGAUUUGCUAAUGAAAUAUAGGCUGCCUCAGCAAACAGAAUUGCAUGGUUAGUGAAGGAGCCAGUUGAAAUCGUUUUCAAAGGAAAUGUUA